UGCAAAACUGAACGUAUCGCAGAAUAAGAGUAGGGAAAGUUUAAAAGUCUGUGAAAAUUACGUACGUCACAAUUAAAUGAUAGUAAAUUGUAACGAAAGGACUUGCCAUUAAUAGAGAAAAGUACAUUGUAAAAAAUACGGUUUUCCAUUAUUUAUAUUUUUAUUAAGACCCGAAUUUUUAAAUUGUUGAUUAAUCAUGCUAUCUUCAUGGAGAGCUGCUGGGAAAAAACUUUUAGGUGCAUAUUCUGCAACUGUCAGAUGUGAAAAUAGUUUUCAUCAGAGUCUGAAGUGCUUCCUCCCUUUAAUCCCUAUGGUUGUUGAGCAAACUGGAAGAGGAGAAAGAGCAUAUGAUAUUUAUUCCAGACUUUUAAAAGAGAGAAUAAUUUGUGUUAUGGGGCCUGUCACAGAUGAUAUGGCUAGUUUGGUUGUAGCACAACUUCUUUUCCUUCAGUCUGAAAGUAGUAAAAAACCUAUUCAUAUGUAUAUAAACAGUCCUGGUGGAUCUGUGACUGCAGGGCUUGGAAUUUAUGAUACUAUGCAAUACAUCUUGCCUCCAAUAGCUACCUGGUGUGUAGGUCAAGCUUGUAGUAUGGCAAGUUUUUUGCUUAGCGCUGGUGAACAUGGUAUGCGGCAUUCUCUGCCUAAUUCUCGUAUAAUGAUACAUCAGCCGUCUGGUGGUUAUAGGGGUGUAGCUACUGAUGUUCAAAUCCAUGCUGAAGAGCUAUUGUUUCUUAAGAAACAAAUGAAUAGUUUAUUAGCAAAACACACAAAGCAGCCAGUGGAAAUCAUUGAACAAAGCGUGGAACGUGAUCGAUUUAUGACUCCAGAGCAAGCUAAAGAAUUUGGUUUAAUAGAUGCUGUUUUAUCACGUCCUCCAGUUCUAGAAGAUGAAAAAAAGGCAGCCUCUGUUAAACAAUAAAAAUGGACUUUAUAUAUAAUUUAAUUAUAUGUGUAUAUUUGUAAUUUCUUUAUUAAGAUUGCUAAUAAAUAUCUUUAGACAUA